GGCUUCAGACAGUUUGGUCACACAGAAGCCAAGCGGUAGUCUAGCGGCCAGUUUAGCUAUUGACGGAAGUAAAAUUUCAUGUUCCAGAACUCAAGGAUCUACUGUAACAUUUCAUGUUGAUCUCAUGAAAGCAAGCAUUGUAACAGGAAUAUUUAUAACAUUUGGUGAACACACUCCAACAGAGGAUAAUCAUACCGUUUAUGCUUCGAAUACUAGCUCUUCCUGGGAAACUGGAACUGUUUUAUACGAUGGAAAAACGUUGCCUACUGAAAUCAACUUCUUUGCUGUUUUAAGAUUCUUGACUUAUGUACCUCCAACUCAGGAUCCAUUUUUUGUGCUUGAAAUAUGUGAAAUUGGGGUUAUUGGUUGUCCGCCUACACACUAUGGUCCUGUUUGUACUUACUCUUGUCCGCAAAACUGUCAAGGACCAUGUAACCUUGAAUCCGGGAAUUGUACAUUUGGAUGUUCAAACGGGUGGACUGGUAAUAAAUGUGAACAAGCAUGUGAUGUCGGCAAGUACGGCAAAGACUGUCUCGAGGAAUGUUCAGAAAACUGUUUAAAUCAACAAUGUAAUCAUGUGACUGGUGAAUGCAGCAUUGGAUGUACAGACGGAUGGCAAGGAUUCAAUUGUACUCAAAAAUGUGACAAUUGGUAUUUUGGUAAAAAUUGUUCAAUGGAAUGUAACUGUCUAGUCGAAACAUGCAACAAAACAGAUGGAAUAUGUCCAAUUGAAGGUUGUAAAAAAGGAUGGCAUGGUGAAUCAUGUGACCAAAGAUGUAAUAAUGGUCGUUUCGGACGAAACUGUAAUCGUUCAUGUGAUGGAUGUUUAUCAAAUAGUUGCGAAGCCACUAAUGGAUUAUGUUAUAACACCACUGGCUGUGAGCCAGGUUAUUACGUUGAGGAAUACUGCAACAACACCUGCGAUGAUUGGUAUUUCGGUACAAACUGUACAAGGAAUUGUAAUUGUUUGAAUGAGCCAUGCAACAUGUUUACAGGAAAGUGUCCUAUUGGUGGUUGUCAAAAGGGAUGGCAAGGCCAAUCAUGUGAAGAAGGAUGUAAUGACGGUAAUUUUGGACGAAACUGUAAUCGUUCAUGUGAUGGAUGUAUAUCACACAGUUGUGAAGCCAUCAAUGGAUUAUGUUAUAAUACCACUGGAUGUGAACCUGGUUAUUUGUUUGAUGAAUACUGCAACAACACCUGUGACGAUUGGUAUUUUGGUAAUAACUGCACAUGGAAGUGUUAUUGUUUAACUGGGCCAUGCAGUCGGUUUACAGGAAAAUGUCCAUCUGGUGGAUGCCAAAAGGGGUGGCAUGGCGAAUCAUGCGAAGAAGCGAUAUCUGAAUUACAAAAGGAAGAUCCUCCUUAUGCUGCCGCAAUCGGUGGAAGUGCUGCUGCAGUCAUACUUAUUCUGCUUAUAGUUGUGGUAUUCAUCAUUUACAGACGCAGGUUAAUAUCGACAAAAGAUAGAAAAUUACACCGGAAAUCAUCAAGAACUGAGACUGCAUUCGAUACAAGCAAGAAAAACAGUAGUGAACAUAACUACGCUAAUAUAAAUAGUAUAGCAAAAGCAGAAGAUGUUACUACUUCCUUGACAGAGAACGGGGAAACUGAAUCACAAAAAGUCAAAAACGAUGAUGUGAACGUGUACAGUAAUGUACUAAGCGUUUCUAAAUACAAGAUAAUGAUUGGAGAUCUGAAGGCGGCUGUACAUGAAAAACAAAAAGGCGAAGAUUUCAAGAAAGAGUAUGAGGUUUUACAAAAAGGACUUCUUUAUGCACAUGUUGAAGGUUCAAAAGAAGGAAAUAAAGUCAAAAACCGUUUUCUGUCUCUAUGGCCUUAUGAUCAUUCACGUGUUGUUUUGAAGGGGGACACGACGCACGAUUAUAUAAAUGCUAGUUAUAUUGAUAACUAUGAAAAAGAAAAAGCAUACAUAGCAGCACAAGGUCCGAAAAACGAAACAUUGAGAGAUUUUUGGCAUAUGAUCUGGCAAGAAAAGGUUGGGAAAAUAGUGAUGGUCACACAGCUAAAAGAAAAUCACAAGAUAAAAUGUGCAAAAUACUGGCCUAAAUCAGUCACAAAACCAUUGGCAGUAAACAACUAUAUAGUAACCAUGAAGGAAGAAAGAGAACAUACAGUUUAUGUGUACAGGUUGCUAACAGUGUUGAACAAAAACGACACGAAUGUACAGGAAAGAACAAUUCACCAUUUUCAUUUCACUCAGUGGCCAGACCACGGUGUUCCUGACAGUAUCAAAUUAGUCAGUUUUUACAGGAAAGUUAAGAUUGAAAAAUGUUACCAAAAUGGUCCGAUGGUUGUACAUUGUAGCGCUGGAGUUGGAAGAACUGGAACAUUUAUAGCUAUAGAUGCUUUAUAUGAAAUUGGCAAAAACGUUGGUUACGUAAAUGUUAUGGAAUGUAUCGAGAUAAUGAGGAAAGACAGAAUGAAUAUGGUCCAAACAUAUGAACAAUAUGAAGCAGUCUUUGAAGCCUUAUUAGAACUUUUUACUGUACCAGAAACGUCAAUUCCGAAGAAUGAUUUCUGUAAAUACAUUUCGGAUCAAGAACAUAAAACUUUACCACGAAAUCAGAAUAUGUAUAAACUACAAUUCCAGAGAUUGGAAGCCUUGCGACCCUUGAAUCCUCAAUCAGCAUAUACUGCUGGAACAUCAAAAGAAAAUAUUCACAAAAAUUCUGUAAAGAAAAUAUUUCCACACAACAGAUAUAGACCGUAUACAAUGUCAUAUGCAAGAACGCGUAAUGAUUACAUCAAUGCAGUGAUUAUACCCGGAUAUACAUAUGACAGUAAAAUUUUAGUAACGCAAUGUCCACUAGCAGAAACUGUUGUUGAUUUCUGGACAAUGGUAUAUGACCAUAACUCCCCCAUUGUUGUUUUAUUGGACAAGUUGAACACGAAUGCUCCGUUGUGGUUAGGACGACAGGAAAUACUACAGUUUAAACGAUUUACUAUUUUGCAAGACAACUCACCCAAUCCAGAGGAGUUUAAGCUUACUUUGAACCAUAAGGAAAAGGAUCCGAUGACAAUUACUGUUUUUACCACAAGUAUAUUGAACAAUGACAUGAAUGAUGCAAUGCUUCCAUCAAACAUUUUACUAGACCUGCUGAAAAAAGUAAAAGAGUGCUGGGAAAAACAAAAAAGUCCAAUUACUGUUGUUUGUAGUGAUGGUUGCAGUAAAAGCGGGGUGUUGGUUGCAUUGAAACUUAUCUUGGAAAAAAUGGAGAUAGAUGAUGAAAUUGAUGUUUUUCAAGUUGUUAGAACAAUGCAAGUUAGACGUCCCGAAUUUUUCACGGAAUUUGAUCAGUAUGAAUAUUGCUACAGGUGUAUCAAAGAGUAUUUAGAAAACGACUCGGUGUAUGCAAAUCUAUAGUGAUACCAGACUCCGUGCUAACGGAAAUAUUUAUGAAAUACAAAUGAGAAUGGCAAUUAGACUGUUUUAUUGGAACAGUGUUAUAUCCUAGAUUAAUCGAUGUAUAGAAAUAAGUAUUAUAUGAAAUAUACAAUGUAUGUACAUAGUCGGAAAAUAUAAAAUUUAUUUUUAAGAGCUUUAGAAACAGGACGAAAAGCGAGGUUCGCCGAGAAUGUACAUAUAUUGUUUUAUCCUGUAAUUUACACCUAGCACUUUAAGGUUUAGUUGUUUAAAUCGAAAUAUCUGUUUUUAAUUUUUCAAAGAAAUCGUAAUAGUAUAAACGCGGACCGCGAAAAUAACUCCAAAAAAUGAACUAUUAUCCCAAAAAAUAUUCAUUUUACCGUUUGCUCAACAUGGAAACAGAGUAACAGAAUACCUUUUUGUAAAAAAAUAAAGCAAAAUUUAUUUGUAUACAUGUUAAUCUACAAUAGUUGGCUGAUUACAGGAUAAAACAGAUGAUAGAUGUUAAUUUAUU